AUGCCUGGAGAGGCUGCUGAGGAGGACGUGGUUUGCUAUGUGGGGCACGAACAGCGCGAUGACCGUGCCCUGGGCGGCGAUGUCUGUGAUCACAACAUGGGGCUUAACUCGGAGUUGGAUCUCCCAGUUUUCUUCAUGCCAAAGAAAACAGGGGAAACGCUUCACGACAUUGGGCCCGACAAUGAUUUCAUGGGCCGGAGGAUUCGGAUUCUGGACAUCACUGAGCACGCGGUCCUGCCUGGCAAGCCUGACCCCCAGAACAUGCCAGGAGAGUCUGCACACAGCCGGCAGACUGAUAAGGGUGGCGGGCUGUCCUGGUCUAACCAGUCCUCAGCGCCUGGCGAGCGAGCCCCUAGCGCCUGGGAACAGACCGACAGGUUGCGCUGCGAGCGCCGUCGCGGCUGCAGAGAGGACCCUGUGGGCCCUGUGGAGUGGAUUCAGCUCGCUGAUCCCGGCCGGGCGCGGGGAGCCGCGGGCCCACGCCGUGCACACGGCGGGCUCUCAGCGACCUCACACUCGACGCUGGUGACUGUGGUCCUUGGCCAAAGUCCCCGGGGCAGACUGGAGCCAGCCGCGCGCUGCAGGGUUGGUACUCGCCUCCGCAGUCCCCAGGGCGCCUGCAGACGAGAUUCGCCAGUUCUGCCCCAGGCGGGUGGAGGCCGACCCGCCAGGCGGCUGGAGAACAGGUACCGUCGAGGGUCUCUGUCUUCUUCCGGACGUCUGCGGGGACUCUCCGCAGCCCCGCGCUCCUCGGAACCGCUGCCCCCGCGUCCCUCCCUCGCCCAGGCCUGCACCGACAGUGACAGCGGGGCGCCAGCCUCUCCAGACAUGGCCUUGGAAUGCCAUCAGGAUUGCCGGCGGCACAACAAUGAGGAAUAGGGGCCAGCA